CCUCCUCCUUCUUUCGUUGAGUCCGCAACAUCCUGACUGGCCGAGGCUGGUGAUCGCAGGCAUCGGCAGCGGCAAGCCCCCCACUAGACGGAUGAAUUAGAAAAACCUGCUGUAACCAUCGCCACUCCUUGUUUUCUUUUAUUCAUUCUCUAUAUUGAAGAGUCUGGCUGUAAGCACCACUGUCACCCCAUCUUACAGUGUGAAGCGGAUACAAGCUUAUUGCUUUCCAACCCUUUAGGCUUCCAGUGUACAGAUUCACCAUGGGGAUCAAGGCUGCCCUUCCCAGAUAUGAGCUGUAUCUCUACACAGCCGUACUCGGCGUGGCCUUGAUAUGGGCAGGCAGUUGGCUAUCUGAAGCUUCGAGUGAGAAUGAAAACAGAAAGGCCUUCAAGGAAAGUGUGCAACCAGGAUGGCAUUACUUUGGGAGGAAAAUGGAUGUUGCAGACUUCGAAUGGAUGAUGUGGUUCUCUACAUUCCGCAAUCAUAUCCUUUUUGCUCUCAUCGGUCACGUUAUCUUUGCCAAGAUAUUCAGCCUGCUCGCUCCAAAGAUUGGUAUAGAUGGAUGUAAGCACAGAUCCUUGAUCUUUGGUGUGUACGGUGGUUUGGCAGUCCUGAUCACGAUGGGCUGGACCUUCAUGACUCUGGUUCUGUCUCACUGCAUCAUACUCUACAGCAUCGCCCUUGUCAAGAUGAAAUGGCUGUGCUUUGUGGCCGGCCUGACCACGCUGGCCUCCAUCAAGCUGGAGCCCUAUAACUCCUGGCAGGAAGCCUUGGUGACGGGCUCUUUUGACCUGCAAGACAUCCUGUUCUACGGAGGCUGCGGCUUCAGCAUCAUGCGCUGUAUGAGCUUUGCCUUAGAGAACUGCGAGAAGAAGGACGGCAACUACACAUUCUGUGACCUGCUGAGAUACAACUUCUACCUCCCAUUCUUCUUCUUUGGACCUAUCAUGACUUUCGACAGGUUUCAUGCCCAGGUGAACAACUCCCAGCUGACCCGCAAGGAAAGGGAGAUGUGGAACAUCACCACCAAGGCCUUGUUGCAUCUGGGAGUUAUUCUGGUGGUCGACGUCUUCUUCCACUACCUCUACAUCUUAACAAUCCCCAGUGACAUGAAGCUGGUGGGCAAGCUUUCUGACUGGUGUCUGGCUGGUCUUGCUUAUUCCAACCUGGUGUAUGACUGGGUGAAAGCAGCCAUAAUGUUUGGUGUCAUCAACACUGUGGCUAGACUGGACCACCUGGACCCUCCUCAGCCUCCCAAAUGUAUCACCAUGCUCUAUGUCUUCUCUGAGACGCACUUUGACAGAGGCAUCAAUGACUGGCUGUGCAAGUAUGUUUAUGACUAUAUUGGCGGGGAUCACGAUAAAAUCUUCAAGGAGCUCCUGGCAACCAUCUGCACCUUCGCUGUCACCACCUUGUGGCUGGGCCCGUGUGAGCUGGUUUACAUCUGGUCCUUUUUCAACUGCUUUGGCCUCAACUUUGAGCUGUGGGUGGCCAAGUUGUUCUCCUUUCCACCAUUUUCUACCAUUGAGGGUGUGAUGGGUGAAGCCAUGUCACGCAGGAUCCGGGGUGUGUUCAAUGCUGCCAACUUCUGGACCAUCGUCCUCUACAACGUCCUUUCCCUGAACAGUUUGCAGUUUGCCAAACUGGUGGGAAGACGGCUCAUUUUCAAAGGUUUCCCUCUGUCCACCCUCUCAGUGUUACUUGUGACCUAUUGUGGCGUCCAGCUGGUGAAGGAAAGGGAGAGAAAACAAGCCCUGCUGGAGGAUCCGGAGCCAGUGAAGCCAGUAGAUGGCGGAAAAGAAAAAGCAGAAUAAACAGACAGAAAAACAAACUUCACGGUCACAGCCCCCUCACAUUGCUCCAUGCUCGGCCUUGCGAACUGUACCUAACCAGACUGUAACAGCUAGUCAGCACCUGUAUUGUUCACAAAGCCUGUGUUUUUGCUUUUGUUUGUCAGAAGGGAGGCAAUGUUUUGAACUGUUAAAUAUCCUCAAGUGCACUUGCUGUAGAUAAUCGCCACGUCUUUUGGCACAAAUCCACCGAUGGUGCAUUUUGUAUUUGUAUUUUAUCUGAACAAAAGAUAUAUAUAUAUAGUUAUAGGCCUGCUAAAUAUUUUACGAUGCUACACCUAAAAGUAUAAAGACAUACAGUAAUGUGAAGGAACAACUACUGUGGUUGUCUCCUGUGUUCACUUUGUUUUUUUCCUCAAAUUUGGAUAUAUAUAUAUAUUUUUUUUUUUUUCUUUAAUCAUUGUCAAUAUGACUAUUUUUAGUCAGAUGGUGUCUUAAUUUUGCCUUACAUGCCUUUGGUCCUCAUCAUCACAAUGUUUAACCAUACUGAAAGGGUUAAAAACUUGAAAUCAGGGUGCCAUGUAUGGAGUGCAAUGAAGAAAAUAAAACACAGGGUGCUGUGGAGGCCCUCCACAUAGCUUGCAGCUGAUUGUAUAUUUGCUCUACUUUCACGAAGCAAAAAUACAAGUUACAAUGUGUAGGAUAGUCUAAAGCUGAUGGAGAAUGUAUUAAAACUCUCGGAAUCUUGAACAAAUUAAUGUAGUUCAACCGUCCAGAGAACGAUUUACUCCACCACCAUGCAAGAUUACUGUCGGUGUGACAUUUCAGAAUAUCUUCCCUCCACCCUCUUUCACAUGACCCAGGCCCCUCAGCUCACUAUGAAAGGCAAUAGUCCCUGCAGAGAAUAUGGGUCACUCUUAUGGUGCCUGUCACCAAAACCUGCUGUCUGUCUUCAGUGCAGCAGCCAGAGAGAACAUGUUAAUACAGAUCGUAAUGCCUUUUCUCAUUGGAGGGUUUUUAUUCAAAGGUGUUUAUUGCGAAUGUUUGACUUGAAAUAAAGUUUGAAAUAAAAUUUGUUUCAUCCAAAAGUGA